UCGAGUCUCGACGCCUAUGUAUCCUCCACGAGUCCCCUACACCACCAAAACGUGCUCGUCCAAUCCGCGCUGAUUUCUCCUCGCAUCUACCGCAAUCCGAACUUCACUCGGCAACUAGCAAGGUCUACUACAGUUCACGGUUCCACUGCCAUACCAUAGAAACCGCGUUACAUAGUUCAACCAGACGUACAGAACGAAAAGAUGCAGUUCUCAUCACUCCUCCUCCAGCUCCCCGCGUUCAUCUCGAACCUUACGAAUCCCACUGCGCCCGACGCCGGCGUUGCGCCCACAGCAGUCGUCAACAUGACCUACCAGCUCCCCGCGCUUCCCUACGACUACGGUGCGCUGGAACCGCACAUCUCGGAGCAGAUCAUGGUGCUGCAUCACACUAAGCACCACCAGGCGUAUGUCACGAACCUCAACGCCGCGCUGGAGUCGCACAUCCACGCCCUGGCGACGGGCGAUGUCAAGGCGCAGAUCGCAUUGCAGCAGGCGAUAAAAUUCCACGGCGGAGGCCACAUCAACCACUCGCUCUUCUGGCCGUCCCUGGCGCCGUCCAACUCCAGUGCGGCGUCCUCCACCGCCGCGCCGCAGCUCGUCGCAGCGCUGGUAGCGCAAUACGGGAGUGUGGAGGCGUUCAAGGCGGAGCUGAAGACGCUCCUGCUAGGCAUCCAGGGGAGCGGAUGGGGCUGGGUGGUGAAGAAUGGCAAGGGCGCGCUGGAGUUGGCGACGACGAAGGAUCAGGACCCGGUCACCGGGGAUAGGGCGGUGGUGCUGGGAGUCGACAUGUGGGAACAUGCCUAUUACCUCCAGUAUUGGAAUGAUAAGGCGGGCUAUGUCGAUGCCGUCUGGCAGAUUGUUAACUGGGAGACCGCGGAGAAGAGGUUUUUGGGGGUGGAGGCGCCGGUGGCGCUUUAGAUACAGCAUAUGUACUUAGUCACGUGUAAUAAAGAAGGUUGCUGCAUG